AUGGAAUUGUCCCCGGUUAAUAGCGCUGCUACCACCGGAGUGCUCAUCAAUCCCUAUUGUUUUUUGUUCUUAAGCUACACAGACGAUAUGUAUUCAAAUGAGCAUAAAGACAAACGCAUACAUAGAAAAUUAAAUGGGGAAAAAAGAAGAUCCAAUCUUAUGUCCACCACGUCAAUUGGUAUUAAUCAGCAACAUUCACCGCCUUCUGGUAUGUCUUCUUAUUCCUAUGACACCAGUUUUUAUUCAAAUCUUAUGUCCACCACAUCAAUUGGAAUUCCUCAACAACAUUUACCACCUUCAACCAAUUCUACAUAUAUUCACAUUGAUAAUGAAAAUGUCAAUCCAAAUAUAUCAUCUGGAUACCAACAGACUACUUUCCAAUCUACUUCAACUUUUAAUAUUAAAAAUCCAUUGACUGUUGUUGCCAAAGAGAACAGAAAACUUAGAAAAUUAUAUUUGGAUAACAAAAGAUCCAAUCAUUUGUCCACAACUCCUUCUGUCAUUUCUAAUAUAACUACCAACUUUCAAACACCAUCAUCAAACAAGUUUACAUAUCAUUAUGGUAACAAUCAGAAUGUCACCCCAGCUUCUUCAUAUGGAUAUCAACAAACACAUGUUCAAUCUACUUCCAAUAUUUAUAUUGGUAGUCCAUUAUCAUACAACGCCAAAGACAAACGAAAAGAAAGGAAAAUUUAUUUGGAUAAAAGAAAAUCCAAUCACAUGUCCACCAUACCAAUCGGUAAUAAUGGUCGUCAUCAAGGACGUUUUGAAGAUGCUUCUAAUUUUACUACAAGAACUCCGAUGUCCAACAUUACCAAUGUAAAUGGAGAAUGUUCAGUGUUGUGUCGUGACAUGAGACCUACGACUUCAUCUUCAAUCACUCGAGACUAUUCUAACAAUUUAUUGUGCAAAAAUAUAAAUAAAAAAAGGAAGUUUCUAAAUACUGCUUCUAUACCCAUUUUCGACCUAACAUCAGAACAAGAGUUACAUCAUCAACAAAUCCAUAAACAAUUAACUUUAACUUCAGGUGCCACAAAAGAUUACUUGGACCAUGGUGAUCAAAGUUUUGUGUGUACGAUGUGUCAUGCACAGUUAUGGAGGGAUGAAGCACUUAAAGGCAAUACUUCUGGAAAGAAAACUUCUUUUUCCCUUUGUUGUGGCAAUGGAAAAGUCGAGCUUCCUCAACUAAAAGAACCGCCUAAAAAUUAUGAAAAUCUCUUUCGUGAUGUUGAUCCAAAAGGAAAAACUUUCAUGAAGAACAUUCGUCAAUUCAAUUCGAUGUUUUCGUUUACUUCAAUUGGUGGUAAAGUUGAUUCUUCAAUUAACAAAGGCAAUGCUCCAUAUGUUUUUAGACUUAGUGGUCAAAAUUAUCAUUGCAUGGGAAGUCUUCUACCUAUAGAUGGAUCGAAACCAAAGUUUUCGCAAUUAUACAUAUAUGAUACUGAAAAUGAAGUUUCAAAUCGACAACAAGCUUUCAGUACACAAAAAGAAGGGUGCACAUCAACUUCUCAUUCUGUUGAUAUCGAAAUUAUACGCUUUUUGAAGGACAUGUUGGAUUCAACGAAUGAGUUGGUUAAGUGUUAUAGAAUGGUCAGAGAUUGUUUUGAUGAAAAUCCUCAUAUAGAUGUAAAGUUACGUCUUAUAGGAAGAAGGCAACAAGAUGGAAGGACAUAUAACUUACCUUCUGCUUCUGAAGUUGCUGCUUUAAUUGUUGGUGAUAUUGGUGAUGCAAUUGAUAAUAGAGAUAUCAUCGUAACAACUAAAUCAGGAAGUCUACAACGUAUAAACGAAUUACAUCCUUCGUACCUUGCUCUUCAGUACCCACUACUCUUUCCAUAUGGGGAUGAUGGAUAUAGAGUUGACAUCCCUCAUAGAGAUUCCGAUGAUCCAACGAAUAGAAAGCAUCGUAACUGUACAAUGAGAGAAUUCUUUGCUUAUAGAAUUCAAGAUAGAGUUAACGUUUUUUCAUUAAUUCUUAACUCACGAAGGCUUUUUCAACAAUUUUUGGUUGAUGCUUAUAUGAUGAUUGAAACCGAGAGACUAUAUUACAUACGUAAUCAGCAAAAAGUUCUUAGAUGUGAAUCGUAUGAAACAUUACGAAACAUACAAAGUGAUGGUCGUACUGAUAUUUCCAACAUCGGAAAACGUGUUAUCUUGCCUUCUUCAUUUACGGGUGGUGCACGCUACAUGAUGCAAAACUAUUUAGAUGCCAUGUCGCUUUGUAAGUGGUUUGGAUACCCAGAUUUUUUCAUAACCGUAACAUGCAAUCCAAAGUGGCCUGAAAUUAAAAGGUUUCUUGCUGACACCACACUUAAUCCCGAAGAUAGGCCCGAUAUCCUUUCCAGAUUAUUCAAAAUCAAGUUGAAUUCUUUGAUUAAAGACUUAAAGAAAAAAUCGUUAUUGGGUCGGGUCCAAGCAGUUGUUUAUACUGUGGAGUUUCAAAAGCGCGGUCUGCCUCAUGCACAUAUAUGUUUAUUCAUGCAUUCUGAUUACAAACUCCCAACCGUUGAACAUGUUGAUCGAGUUAUUUCGGCUGAAAUUCCAAACAAAGAAAAUGAUCCAGAAUUGUAUGCACUUGUCAGUGAGUUUAUGAUGCAUGGUCCAUGUGGUUCUGAUAAUCCUAAAUGCCCAUGCAUGAGUGACAACAAGUGUUCAAAAAAUUUCCCAAAGUCAUUCUUAGAAAAUACCUCUGUCGAUUCAAAUGGUUAUCCUAUAUAUAGGAGACGUAAUGAUGGAUCUUUUGUUGAAAAGUCUGGUGUUAGGUUAGACAACAGAAGUGUCGUUCCAUAUCACAAAGCCCUUUUGAAAAGAUAUCAGGCUCACAUUAAUGUUGAGUGGUGCAAUCAAGCGGCUUCCAUCAAAUAUUUGUUUAAAUAUAUUAACAAGGGUCCUGAUCGGGCUACUGUUGCAGUUGUACAAAAUAACGGAGAUAAUAGUGAUGAUGUUUCCGUUGAUGAAAUACAAAAUUACUAUGAUUGUAGGUAUUUGUCUGCAUGUGAAGCUUCAUGGCGUAUCUUUGCAUUUGAUGUUCAUUACAGAUAUCCUUCUGUUGUAAGGCUUCCAUUCCAUCUUCCUGGAAAACAAAAUGUUGUAUAUGGAGCAGACGAUGAUAUUGAAAAUGUCCUCAACAAACAAUCUGUUUCUUCUUCGAUGUUCUUAUCUUGGAUGACCUGUAAUGAACAUAAUGCUGAUGCACGAAAACUUUCUUAUGUUGCGUUUCCUACAAAAUUUGUAUGGAAACAGGAAGAUCGUUGUUGGGAGCCAAGAAAAAAAGGGUUUUCUAUUGGAAGAAUUCACACAGUCUCGCCUAAUCUAGGUGAAGCAUAUUUUUUGAGAAUUCUUUUAAAUAAAGUCAAAGGGCCGAAAUCAUUUGAAGAUAUUCGCAAGGUUAAUGGACAAGUUUGUCCUACUUUUAGAGAUGCAUGUUAUGCGCUUGGACUUUUAGAAGAUGAUAAAGAAUAUAUUGAUGCCAUCGAGGAAGCAAGUCACUCAGGAUCUGGUUAUUAUUUACGGUUUCUAUUUGCAACUAUGCUAAAGUCUAAUAGUUUGUCUAGACCAUAUUAUGUCUGGGAAAAUACUUGGCAAUACUUAUCUGAUGGAAUUCUCUACAAUCAACGAAUAAGAUUAAAGACUCCAGGUUUAUCACUUAAUGACGAUCAGAUUAAAAACUUGACGCUAUAUGAGAUUGAAAAAAUUCUACUCCAAAAUAGUUCAAGCCUAAGAGAUUUUGUUGGGAUGCCUUACCCUGAUCAUGAUCUGGUAUCUUCUACAAACAAUCGUUUAAUUACUGAGGAGUUAGAUUUUGAUAUAACGAUUCUACAAAAAGAAUCUCAUCAGCUACUUGAAUCAUUAACAGUUGAACAACGCUCAAUUUUUGAUGAAAUCAUGACAACUAUUAAAGAGAAUAAAGGAGGAGUGUUUUUUGUUUAUGGCUAUGGAGGUACUGGUAAAACUUUCCUUUGGAAGACUUUAUCUGCAUCUUUAAGGUCUAAAGGUGAUAUCGUCCUAAAUGUUGCUUCAAGUGGUAUUGCUUCGUUGUUACUAACCGGAGGUAGAACAGCACACUCACGCUUUAUAAUUCCUCUAAAUCUUACAGAGGAUUCUUUUUGUUCUUUUGGGAAAGACAGUGAUGUAGCCGAAUUGUUGAAAAAAACAUCAUUGAUUAUAUGGGACGAGGCACCUAUGAUUCAUAAGCAUGCAUUUGAAGCCUUGGAUCGUUCUAUGAAAGAUAUAUUCACUUGUGAUCUUCGUACCAACUCAAAGUUGCCAUUCGGAGGAAAAACAAUUGUUUUUGGAGGAGAUUUUAGACAAAUUCUACCUGUUAUUCCUAACGGAAGCAGGCAAGAAAUUGUUAAUGCUUCUUUAUAUUCUUCUUACAUUUGGUCAAAUUGCAAAGUUGGUGGUUUAAAUGAUGGAGAGACAAUUAUUGAUAUUCCUGAUGAUCUUCUUAUUGUUGAUUCUACUGAUCCUAUUGGUUCAUUAAUUGAAUUUGUCUAUCCUUCGAUCGUUGAAAAUGCCAAGAAUCCGAUUUAUUUUCAAGAAAGAGCAAUCCUUGCACCGAAGAAUGAAGUUGUUCAAGAGAUUAACGAGCGUUUAUUAAAAUUAUUUCCGGGAGCCCAACAGGAGUAUCUAAGUUCAGAUAGUCUUUCACAUGCAGAUUUUGUUCAUGAUAACAUUGAUGAAACUUUAUACUCCCCUGAUGUUCUAAAUGGUCUUAAACCUUCAGGUAUGCCAAUUCAUAAGUUGGUAUUAAAAGUCGGUGUUCCAGUUAUGUUACUAAGAAAUAUUGAUCAAAAAUCUGGAUUGUGUAAUGGAACAAGGCUACGGGUUCUUGCAUUGGGCAAACGUGUUAUAGAAGCUGAGAUAAUAUCUGGAAGUAAUAUUGGAAACCGUACGUUUAUUCCAAGAAUGUCUUUGACGCCUUCGGACAAAAGGAUUCCUUUUAUAUUUCAAAGACGACAAUUCCCGUUGGCUAGAAAUCAGAUAUUUGUUGUUGGUAGUGAUGUUGAUGGAGCUUUAAUGAAUUUGGCGUGUAAUCGUGAACAGGGGUUGCAUCAUCGGUGGGUUUGUCCAGGGAUGGGAAACAGUGAGAUAGAUGGUGAAUAG